AUGCACCACCAGCGGGUGCUGAUCAACAUCGCCGGGCUGCGCUUCGAGACCCAGCUGGGCACCCUCAACCAGUUCCCCGACACGCUGCUGGGGGACCCCGAUAAGCGCAUGCGCUACUUCGACCCUCUCCGCAACGAGUACUUCUUCGACCGCAACCGGCCCAGCUUCGACGGGAUCCUCUACUUCUACCAGUCCGGGGGGAAGCUCCGCCGGCCCGUCAACGUCUCCAUCGACGUCUUCGCCGACGAGAUCCGCUUCUACCAGCUGGGCGAGGAGGCCAUGGAGCGCUUCCGCGAGGACGAGGGCUUCAUCAAAGAGGAGGAGAAGCCCCUGCCCCGCAACGAGUUCCAGCGCCAGGUCUGGCUCAUCUUCGAGUACCCCGAGAGCUCCGGCUCGGCCCGGGCCAUCGCCAUCGUCUCCGUGCUGGUCAUCCUCAUCUCCAUCAUCACCUUCUGCCUGGAGACCCUGCCGGAAUUCAGGGACGAGAGGGAGAUGCCCGUGCCCCUGCCUCCACAAAGAGGAGGUUUGAACGGCACAGCCGGGGACUCCCCCCCCAUGCAGCCACCCAGCAGCCUCUCUGACCCCUUCUUCAUCAUCGAGACCACCUGCGUCAUCUGGUUCACCUUUGAGCUCCUCGUCCGCUUCUUCGCCUGCCCCAGCAAGCCCGAGUUCUCCCGCAACAUCAUGAACAUCAUCGACAUCGUGGCCAUCAUCCCCUACUUCAUCACCCUGGGCACCGAGCUGGCCCACGAGCAGCAGCAGCCCGGGACUGGCAAUAGCAAUGGGGGCGGGGGCCAGCAGCAAGCCAUGUCCCUGGCCAUCCUCAGAGUCAUCCGCCUGGUCAGGGUCUUCAGGAUCUUCAAGCUCUCCAGGCACUCCAAGGGGCUGCAGAUCUUGGGACAGACUUUGAAAGCCAGCAUGAGGGAGCUGGGCCUCCUCAUCUUCUUCCUCUUCAUCGGCGUGAUCCUCUUCUCCAGUGCUGUCUACUUCGCUGAGGCCGACGACCCCGAGUCUCAUUUCUCCAGCAUCCCUGAUGCUUUCUGGUGGGCGGUGGUGACCAUGACCACCGUGGGCUAUGGGGAUAUGCGACCUGUCACUGUGGGGGGCAAGAUUGUGGGCUCCUUGUGUGCCAUCGCGGGUGUGCUCACCAUCGCCCUGCCUGUCCCCGUCAUCGUGUCCAACUUCAACUACUUCUACCACCGAGAGACUGAUCACGAGGAGCAAGCUAUCCUCAAAGAUGAACACAGUAGUGCUCAGGGCAGCACAGCGGGGGGAGAUGCGAAGAGAAGGUCCAGUAGAAACUCUCUGAACAAAUCUGUUGUGCACUUGGAAAACAGUGAGGCGUUCAACAAUGACACCAGCUCCUUAGAGAAAACCAAUAUCAAAGCGAAAAGUAACGUAGAUCUCAGAAAAUCCCUCUAUGCUCUCUGUCUGGACACCAAUAGGGAAACAGACCUGUAA